AUGAAAGCCCUCACAAAACGUGUACCCACGGCUGAUUCUCUGAGAGUUUCGCUCGCUGCUUCGACAGAAUAUGUCAAGAGCUGGAUUUCCUCUACCUCAACGGCCUAUGAUCCCCUGUAUUUUGAAAACGAAACCCCAAGGAAGCCGGCGGACGUAAAAGGAUGGCCGACAAAGCCUGGACCGUUGAAAAAGAGCGGGGCUGCGUAUUUUGUGCGUCUGGUCUGCGAUAUUCUUGCGGUUGCAGCAACGUUUCCAUUCCUGUUACUUGGGGUAUAUGCGGCGCAGAAGCAUGGGAAACCCGUGGUCGAGAAGGAAUGGGCCACAUUGCAGGAAUCCAUGAAAGUGGCUGUCACUUCGUUCCCGAUCGUUUUCUCUGCGGUGAUGGGCCGUAUGACCCGGACUGCUGCCACAUGGCGACUUGAACGUGGAGUUGAGCUCGGCCAAGUAGAGCAACUGUUUUGGAGUUCAACGGUCUUUAGCACCGUGUCGACGCAGUUUCUACUUGGCUCCUUUAAUAAGCUCACAAUUGGCCUCCUCGUCCUAUGGGCGUUAUCGCCUCUAGGCGGUCAAUCAUCACUACGUAUCGUUAGUACAGCUGCCCGGCCGGAGAUAUCCAAGGCUAAUAUAACAGUUCUCAAUACCGAAAAACUUUCAUUCUUUGAAAUUGGUGGCGAUAUACUAGCAGGGAUACCAACAUUAAACGGGUUAUAUCUAACAGCUUUGAUGGCUCCACACCAUUCCAAAGUAUCUCCCGCGGAUCUCUGGGGAAAUGUGAAAGUACCAUUAAUGUCAAGCUUUGGCUCCUCUAUCAAAGCUAAUUCCAGUGGAUGGUACGACAUUAACCAGCACGAAGUGCUAUAUUCCUCCCUGAUCGGUGUUCCCACCAUAGGGCUCUCGCAGAUAGGAAACAGCACCUUCAACAUGGAGACAUCUUACUUUGACAUCGACUGCUAUAAUCUAACGCAGGCCGAGCCCGUGUCCCUCGAACGAAACAUCACAUUUAAGACCCACAAGGACACUCCGCCACCUCGUGUCGUUCGCUUCCCAGGCGGCGCGUACAUCGGGUCAAAUGGCACUGAGGAUUGCUCAAAACACAACUGCCAGAUCUCGUUUUCUCUAGGAAUGAGCCAUUACGUUAAGGAUUGGAGCUACCCAAGCGGAAAUUCCACAUUAUUUCGUAAGGUUAAAGGGAACGAGGAAACAAUCCUCUCAUCGCCGCCAACGUUGCUUUUCCAGGCCAGACACUCUAACAAAACGGUUGCGUAUUGCGGCAUAAAGCGAGUCUUUGUCGAAUCGGCCGUUACAUGUGUCGGCGACCCGUCGCUCCUCCGCAAGCCCCAGUGCGCCGUAACUGCCACGCGAGACAGCCUCCGCCCGCAUGAGGCUUCAGAUAUCACUCCCUUCUUGUUUGCGGGAACGUUUAUAAACUUCUCUUCGCGUCUCGCCCAGUCAGCCGGCCAGGGCCACGCAGGCAUAGCAACGAUCACCGAACGCUACUUGAACAAUACCGAGAACCCACUCCUCGCCGAAGCUAGAGAAAUGGCUCUUCAUAACUUACCAAUAAACGCCUUCUCCCAGCGACUCACUCAAAUCAUAAACACAUACUUCCUUCCUAGCCUUCUACCAGAGGGUAUAGUCGGCAAUAUUUCUCUCGUUCUCUCCCAAACCCCCGUAUAUCAAGAGCAAUCUUAUGCCCACGAUUCGUGGACGCGGUCUGUUCUCGCCACCGUAAACACUCCCGCAGGUGGGAUCUACGUUGUCUCCGGUGGCUGGAUGACCGUAUUCAUCGUCUCGUCUUUGGUUAUGUUUGUUGCCGCGGUGUUGUCAGCCAUUGUAGCUCACAGAACGUCGAUCCCGGAUGUCCUAGGAUAUGUCUCGAGCUUGACGAGAGACGCAAUUUAUUUUCCAUUACCGAAUGGAGGUUCAAGACUGGAUGGGUUGGAGAGAUCGAGGAUUUUAAAGGAUCGCUUGGUGAGGCUAGGUGAUGUCCAGGGCAUGGAUAAUAGAGCCGGGCAUCUCGCGUUUGCUGAGGCGAAGGCUGCUAUGCCAGCAAAGAAGGGCAGGUUUUAUGGAUAGACAAUGCGAACACGACUUUAUGCUGCACACUUGAUCUUCAACUUUUAAUGACUUACACGAUCUGCACAAGACGGACUACUA